GCAAUUCCGUUUAUAAAGGGUACCCCUUUCCUGUGAUAAAAUCUUGCAAGUUCAACAAAACACAAGUAAUCCAUGCUCAUCUUCAUUUUCAAUAUUUCGAACAGUCGUGUUGAUGAUGUAAUUAUCAUUUGCAGUCAAUAAAGAUAGUCAUGAUGGCCUUCCCUGAAAAAAGCGGUUACAUGAUGAGUUUCAUCCACUAGUGUUUCUUUGUGUAGCGAUGAACGAAACAAGUUCGCCUAAAGUAAGAAAUAAAACAUGUAUCUGUCGGAAAAGAAAUGAAACAAGUACUUCCUCCGUUCACAAAUAUAAAAUGUUUUAGAUUUGAAUAUAGACUACAUGCGAACUGAAAUGAGUGAACAAAUACACAAAAAUGUGUAUGUAUACAUCCGAUUCACAAAAAGGUUAGAACAUCUUAUAUUUGUGAAAUAAAGAUGGGGGAAGAAAAUGUCAUCUUUCUUUGGCCGGCCAAAUUGCACCCUGGCCUUCACGUCACCUCCGUGAUCUAAGCUUGAUGGUUUGGCUGUGCGGCAACAGGUCACUAGCUAGUGUCACCUCCUUUGAAGCUCAUGGUUCGUGCCAAAUGGCACAUGCCCAUCUAACUUAAUUAUCCACUGAUUUGCUGAUGGAACCUCGUACUUAGCAGUCCGGGUCAAGAUUUAAAAGUGCGAUUUCGUCCACACAUGUGUGUAGUUUAAACAAGUCUGUCCCAUUUAGAAACAAAACGGCAAUCAAAUUAUCUCCUGCAAACGUAUGAGAUAUGGCGCUUGACCUUGACAUUGUCUGUGACUGCCGGCCGGCGAGUGGAAUGCUUUGUUUUGGCUAUCAAUUAACUUUUUUCCUGUGUGUGUCACUAUCACACUAUGGAAAACAAUGUAGCGUAAGUGAAGAACUGAAGAUAUAUAAGAACAUAACAUGAGUAUACACUGACCAGCAAAGUAAACACAAAUGAAGCCAUUAGCCAUGUCUCCCUCUUUUUCCAGCCACCGCCGCCGUGCCCCACUGCUUGUGCUCUUGCUGCUCCAAGCUCAUCUGCUUCUAGUUGUAGCCAACAGACUCACAAUUGCAUCGACUUUCAGGCCCCCAGAUAACAUCACAUGCUCGUCCGGGGACUACGCCUUCGGGUUCCGCGCCCUUGACGCUGACCCUAGCCGGUUCCUCCUUGCCGUCUGGUUCUACUUCAACCUCACCGAGGGAGCCAGCCCUGCGGAGCACAAGGUGGUCUGGUACGCGAAAGACCCAGUCUCAGGCUCGGCAGUCACGGCCACGGCACUAUCCAUGCUUACCAUCAAAGAUGGUAUGCUCUCCCUAGCCGCUGACACCGGCAACAUCUGGAGGAACCCCAACCCUGGCAUGUGGGGCACUGACCUCGUGCUCCAGGACUCAGGCAACCUCCAGUUCCUCACCUCCCCGGGCACAACUGUCGUGUGGGAGAGCUUUCAGGAUCCGACCGAUACGCUCCUCCCGGGGCAGUACAUGGGCGCUGGAGUUGCCCUUUACUCCAAGCUCUCGGACACAGACUUCCUGUCUCGUGGCCGCUUCAGCCUGAACGUGCAGACUGACGGUCACCUUGUCUUCCACCUCCUGAACCAUGCCGCUGGCAAUCUGGCUCAGGACUUAGACAACAUAUACUGGGCGAGCGGCACAUACAAGACUGGGGAGGACGGCAACACGACUCUUUUCUUCGACUCGCCGGGGCAUCUCUACUACCAAAUCAAGGACGGCACGGUGCAUGACGCGAUACCUCCACUUCUAAACUCCACCAUUAGUUACCACCAGCACGCAUCGCUCGAUCCAGACGGCAUCGUCCGCGUCUACACCAGGCCGAAGAAUACCACCGGGGGAAGCAGCAAAGUGUUGUGGGCAGUCAGAGGACAGUUCCCAACCGAAGGUUGCACGAGGAAAACCACUUUGCAAGGUUUGUGUGGCCCCAACUCGUACUGUGUGUAUGGUCCUAACAACCGGCUGGAUUGUGAGUGCCCAAGCGGCUACUCCUAUGUCAAUUCUCAGCUCAGGUACAUGGGCUGCACACAGGGGUUCAUGCCGCAAAGCUGUGACGGGAAGAACUACUCCGCCGAGUUUGAGGUUGUCAAGCUCCCAAACACCACUUGGACAAACUCGCCAUACGAAAGACUUAUGCACAUCAGAGAGGACGAGUGUGCAGACUACUGCUUGGACGACUGCCUCUGUGUCGCUGCUACUUAUGAUGGAACUUACUGUAGCAAGAUGGUGUCGCUGGCAGGUAUCGGACGCCGUGGAGAUGACAUCGCCAUGAAGGCGUUGAUCAAGGUGCGGACGAGCAGCCCCUCGUUGCCGGUGCCACCAAGAAGGAUAUUGCCUUAUGCACUAUUCGGUGGCUCGGCAUUCCUGUUGCUGCUGUCCGGGGUAAGUAGUCUCAUGUUACAUUGCUACCUUAGGAAGAAGAAUACCAACCAUGACUUUGUUAGGGCUUACACCACAAAAGAGCUUUACAAAGCCACCAAUGGCUUUCGUAAGUUGCUAGGCAGAGGAGGCUUUGGCGAGGUCUACCAUGGGGUGUUGAAGUCGCUACAUUCCCCCGACAUAGCAGUGAAGAAGCUCAUCAGUUCCAAUGAUUACAGUGAGAGGGAGUUCGCGAAUGAGGUACAGUCCAUCGGCCAGAUCCACCAUAGGAACCUAGUCCGCAUGGUUGGUUACUGCAAAGAGAAGGAGCAACGGAUGUUGGUGUUCGAGUUCAUGCCAGGUGGUUCCCUUCGGAGCUUCCUAUUCCAGCCUCAGCAGCAACCGAUGUGGAGUUGGCGCGCUGAGGCAGCCCUUGGCAUCGCCAAGGGCCUGGAGUACUUACAUGAAGGAUGCAAUUAUCCAAUCAUCCACUGUGACAUCAAGCCCGACAAUAUAUUGUUAGAUAGCAAGAAAAAUCCGAAGAUUACUGACUUUGGGAUUGCCAGGCUUCUUAGUGACCAGCAGAUGCACACCACUGUGACCAACAUCAGGGGCACAAGGGGGUAUAUUGCUCCCGAGUGGUUCCAAAGCGACAGGCGCAUCGACACCAAGGUUGAUGUGUACAGCUUCGGUGUUGUGCUACUAGAGAUGAUAUGCUGCCGAAAGUCCCAGGAGCCAGUGCCUGGUCAGGAUGGUGACGACUCGGUCAUGCUAUUCGAGUGGGCUGGUCAGUUGAUUGCUGAUGGCAGGACCGAGGUUCUGUUUCAUAGUGAUGACGAUGCCAUUGAGGAUUUGGUCAGAGUGGAGAGGUUCUUGCGUGUUGCUCUCUGGUGCAUUGAGCAGAAUCCUUCGCUCCGCCCGACAAUGCACCAGGUGGUGCAGAUGCUGGAGGGUGUUGUUGAGGUCGACACUCUACCUGCUCCUACAAGCUCCAACUGUUCAUCGCCGUUCGCCUCUUCAGUCGACGAGAGCCCUCUGUUGUCAGCUGCUGCUACUCUCGCGAUAGAGUGAUUCUUACUGUACUAGUCAAUUCUGAUAGGCUGCAGUGUCGAAAUGAGUUUCUUUACUUAUUACCAAUGCUAAUUGUUUCGCCGUCUUGUAACUGGUGUAGCUACGUUUCUGUAAACAGGACAUCAGUCAUGCAUUCUAGCUACAUACAUGUCUUCUACUCCCUCCGUUCCUAAAUACUAUAAGUCUUUUAAGAGAUUACACUAUAGACUACAUACGGAGUAAAAUGAGUGAACUUAUACUCUAAAAGGCGUCUAUAUACAUCCGAGUGUAGUCUCUAUAGUGGAAUCUCUAAAAAGACUUAUAUUUAGGAACGGAGGGAGUAGUAAAUGUCAGCAUAUCCUAUGUGUUCAUCCAUUGUGGUCCAGUUAUGCAAAAUCCUUUGGUUUGAGCACUACAAAAGUUCAAUAGUGAGAAGAAACCUCAAACUUUAUUCAGAUCGAGUCUUGCCUUCGCCUUCAAGAAAAGAAGGGGAGAAGUGUUAUCCCAGUUCUAAGCUAAGACUGAAACAUCAACCUUAAAAAAAGACUGAAACAUCAAGCCUUGAUGUUGCCUAGCCAGAAAAGCAUGGGGAAUUGCGCAAGGAUAGAAGAAAGCAGUGGUUCCUGCUAGGAUGUCUCUCAUAAGUCCUGGGUGCACCUUGCAGAACCCUCUUCAUCGUCUUCACCAGGAAUACCCCGGUGCAGAUACAGAACCAUGGCAGAACAGAAUAGUAUGAGUAGCUCCAGAAGAUGUGGACAAGCAUCGCAAGUGAGGUACCAGCAAACCCAUGCCCAGCAUAUGCCACCAUGUCCAGCAAUGGCGAUUCACCACUUCCCAGUGAGUACAGACGUACAAUAGAGCUUUAAUGAGGAUGACUUGCAUAAACCAACCAAGUAACCCUCUUGUGAACUGUAUAGCCAACGAUUUCAUGUCUGGAGCUUGGAAUGACGGGGGUGCGCCCAUCUUUCUUCAAGACCAAUGUUCUGGCUUGUCCGCAGAGACUUGAAACCACACGAUUCCAAAAAGAUAAUCAUUCUUCAAACUUUUUGCAGACAG